AUGGGUCCCGAGCACAUGUACGGCAGCAACAACCACCUUUUUCCAGGGCACAACACUCAAGACUGGAGUCUCACCCAAAUUCCCAACGGUGGCAGUUCCAUGAACCCCAACACUAUGAUAUAUCCUGCACAAAACCCGCCCCUUACAAGCUCUGAGCCUGGAGGUCAACCCGAUGGCCUCGACACCUCAUUGCUUUCCGCCCAGACGGCAACCAUGCACAACAAAGGGUACGGUCUGUAUGCCCAGGGGGGGCCAGGUCCCAUCAACUACAGUGGCAAUCAUGGAUCGACUUUUAGGCAAGAUUUACCAGCCCAGAGACCUCAAGUCACUCCAACAUCCAGCAACCCUCCAUUCAUCUUUCAGGGUACGUUCAGCCCCAACGGUUUACAAGCCCAAGUAUCACCUCAAAUUCAACAACCCUAUGGCUGGCCCAACCAGACAGUUCACCCUCCUGUUCCGUCUCCCAAUGUUCUUCCGUCUCCCAAUGGUGGCGGGCAGAAUGCUCAGGGCAACAUGCACUAUCAGGGCAACACAUAUAAUAACUACCCACCACCUGUGGCGCCGCCUGGACAAACCUUGCCGGCCGUUCCUCCCCUAGCCCAGUUAGUGUCUCAGGAGGCGCCCCGGAGGAUAAAGAGAGCGCGCGAAGAGUCGGAUUCGGAUGAGCCCCCACCAAAGAAGAAGAAGAAGGGAGGAAAACGCCCCCGGAUCAAGGAACCCCCGCCAGCAUAUAACAGACGCUACCCGAGACCACCAUCCUGGGGCAAGGCGGACGACGGCUCCUCCCCCUUGUUCGUGUACAACGACGACGGGGAGCUGCGUACCGACAGAAAGUACACCUCAAAGGAGAUCAAGCAGUACAUUGAGAACAACCCGCGCCCGCUGAAGAUCUGGGUCCAGCAGUCCCCCACCCAGGUGGCCCACCGCCUCGGGAACCGCAACACUUGCAUGUGGAUGGGCUGCGUCAAGCAGGGCCACAAGAUCGACACGGGCUUCAUCCGCGUCGCCUUUGACGAGUUCGCCAAGCAGUCGAAGAAGGGCCACCGGGACCCCCUCAGGCCCGCGGCGGUGAUGCACAUGUGGUGCUACGAGCAGUGCUUCGACCCCCUGGUGGACUACCACGCCUUCAGGCUCAAGGCGGACAAGCGGCCCCUGGCCAAGGAGACGAGGAACAUGAUUGGCAUCGCGAACAAGGGCAAGCACAUCGUCCGGAACGCGUUCAAGCCGUGGCUCAUCAAGACCCAGUUCACGGACCGUGCCCGCAAGUACACCGACUCUCUCUCCUCUGCCCUGAAUGAGUAUCACCUGUCCACCCGGUCAAACCGAAAGCUUGAGAUCGCGCACCAAAGGAGCAAGAAGACGGGCGAGUGCAUCAUCAACUUUCACAAGGGCGAUCUUAUGCUAUUUUGCCAGGACACGGGUAAAAACAAGCAGAACAUGAAGCAGAAGGAUCUCCCGGCGAACAGGUUUCAGUUCAGGCCACUUCCAGUGAGGCUGCGGAGGAUAUCCGUGGACGAGGAUUCCGACUCGUCCGACUCUGAGGCUGAAACUUACGCUGCGCAAAGCAGAGCCAUAGCCCAGCCCGAAGAGCCUCUCAAUGCCUUAAAGCCCCUGGGCGAGACGGGUGUAAAUUCGAGAACCCCAGCUGUAGGUGUUGAUGCUCGCCCGGAAAGGUCUCACUCGGAGGCGGAUGGGGCAGAGAAUGAGGGACCCAAGGCAUCUAUGGGAGACGACGUGCAAGAUAACAAGAGAAGGAAGAAUACUUGCGAAAACGUCCCCCUGGAUAACUUCAAGCCACCAGUGUUUGAAACUCCAGCUGAACCGGAAUUGGUGUAUACAGCCCCCGGCUCUUGCCCGGAGGCAUAUGGGGCAACGAAUGAGGAACCCAAGGGGUCUGUGAGAGACGUCGUGCAAGAUGGCAAGAUCGGAGAGUUUACUUGCGAAAACGCCCUUUCAGAUGAACUCACGCUACAAGAGUGGGAAAUACCAACCGGGUCGGAGUCUUAUCCAGGCGCCGGCUCAUCAUCUGAUGCUGAAUCUCCUCUCACUAAGCUUAUAAGAGAGACUAUUAAUCUUACUGAGCAAGAUGACUUAUUCGGGGACAAGCAAGACGAUUUAUUAGCCUUUGAACCAUGGCCAGCUCCCGAAGAGCAGCCUGAACCCAAGGUACCAGAACUCAAAUUACCUCAACCCAAGGCACCAGAGCCCAACGAGCAGCUGAAACUCAAGCUACCAGUACCCAUUGAGGAACCCAAGGAGUCCGCAGGCGUUGAGGAUCUGUCAGGUUCCGGGGGGUCACAAGCAGCCGAGGCUGGACCUAGGUAG